AUGGCAGCUUCAACUGCUACAACCCCUUUGGGGCCUUCGAGGAUACCAACUCCUCAUACACCAUUCUCGAGGAAAAUUACCCCCGACCAUCCUCAACCUAGACACAACUAUGCACCAAACGCAUCUAUCGCGCUCAUUGGCAUGCGAGGCAGUGGCAUGUCGACUCUAGCGGUCAUGGCUUCGAGCGCCUUGGGAUUUCGAAUUCUAGAUGCGGAUCAAUACUUCUAUAAGGCCACAGGGCUUUCUAGAGCAGUAUACAAAGCGACUAACGGAAUCUCUCAAUACCGACAAGAGGAGUUGAGACUAAUGAGAUCCAUGCUCUUCGACAACCCGACUGGCGCAGUCAUCGUGUGCGGCCCCGGUGUUGUUGAAGGUACGGGAAAGGAAUGGCUUGCCGAGUAUGCCAAGGAUCAUCUCAUCAUUUACAUUCUGCGAGACGCUGAAGAGAUUCAACGGCAUCUGAGAGUAUUCGACGUGAAAACUAUUCGGGAUCUCACGCGCCGUGCAGCACCAUCUUACCGAAAACUGUCGAGCUUUGAGUUCUACAACAUCUCAGAUAUGUCAGUGUCCAAGCUGGAUGUAACAUCGUCACGGGGAGAUAUAUCACCUCGAGCUCUUGCACUUAAGAAGGUUGAAGAAGACUUUCUGCAGUUGAUAUACAGCAUCACAAGACGAGACGACUGCUAUGGAAAGUACAAGGCAAAGAACAGCCUUUCAUUCAUACCACUCGAGACAAGAAAAUUCACCUAUUCUUUGUCUCUACCACUAUCGACACUCAGCAGACUUGUUACUGAAUUUCGCGGACUGGACACUGAAGCAGACGCUCUUGAACUUACAAUACCGGCUUUAGCUCUCGGAAAUGAGGUUGGCGUUAAGGAUACGGCCGCAGAUGGAAUCAGCAGGCAUUUCUUCGUUGUUAGGAGGAACAUCCGACUUCCAAUCAUAUACCAUAUCGACAUUUAUGAGAACGAAAAACAAAUCUCUGCGGAUGAAUAUUUCGAGCUCUUACAUCAUGGGCUGCGGCUGGCUCCGGAGUACCUCUCUGUCGACCUCAAAUGCGACACAGCCAAGAUCCAGAAUCUCAUUGCAUCCAAGGGCCAAACGAAGGUCAUCGCGCACUAUGUCGUUUCAGACCCAGCAGAAGAUGGCUGGAAUUUACCAAAACAAUGGGCUAUGAUUGAGCGAGCUCAAAGUCUCGGAUGCGACAUCAUCCGUAUUUGUCAAGAGGCAAGGUCCGUGGAAGACAACUUUGCCGCGCAGCACUUUAUUCAUCGAGUCAAAUCAUCACCAGCUCAUACCAUCCCAUUAAUAGCAUACAACACGGGCCGUCUUGGACGCAUGUCCUGUUAUCUCAACCCCAUCCUCAGCCCAGUCACUCACCCACUGGUCCGAAGGCUGGCCCCAGAUUGUCCAUCAAAUGCUCUGCUCACAGUCCAAGAAGCCCAAAAAGCAGUUUUCUCAUCCUUUCUUCUCGACGGCCAAUAUUUUGGCAUCUACGGAAAUUGCACAUCGAAGAGCCUGUCACCAGCCAUGCACAAUGCUGCUUUCAAACUACUUGGCAUGCCGCAUCGAUACAACAUCUUCCUUCACGAAUCGAUAGACCAGCUAUCUGAGAUCAUCAAAGAUAACACUUUCGGAGGGGCCAGUAUAACUGCACCGUUCAAGACUGCUAUACUACCCAUGCUUGACUUCCUGAGUGAGGAGGCAAAAGCCAUUGGAGCUGUCAAUACCCUUCUAUGUCUGAAGAAGCCUACUAUGGACUCUUUACUUGACAGAAACACAGCUGGACCAACAGUAUCUCUUUUUGGUGAGAACACUGAUUGGAUUGGCAUUCAUACCUGCGUUCAGCGAAAUCUAUCUCCUAUCAAUGCUGUCAGAAGACGGACGACAGGGCUCAUCAUUGGUGCUGGAGGUAUGGCUCGUGCUGCUGCAUACGCUCUCGUCCGACUCGGCGUGAAGACUAUUCUGAUUCACAACCGAACUCGGCCGAGGGCAGAAGAACUCAUCAAGCAAUUUGAUAGGCAGCACAAAAACGAAAGUAUUGAGGCUAAGGGGAGUGGCAUCGAGACAGAAAACGGAAAUCACGAUCAUCCGUCCUUUAGAAUCAUCGAUUCAAAAAAUGACGUAUGGCCUGAAGAUAUAAGCCUACCGACAAUUGUCGUCUCGUGCGUGGCAACGCGAGAGAUUCAUGGCCAAUGCUCAGCAGACACGAGUCUCCCAGAUCAUUGGCUUUCAAGCCCAACAGGUGGCGUGGCAAUUGAGCUUUCGUAUACACCACUAGAAACUCCACUACUCAAGCAAAUUAAGUCGCUAUCAGAGAAGGGAUGGAUACCUGUUGAUGGUCUGCAGGUCCUACCAGAACAGGGCAUGAUGCAGUUUGAAUUAUUUACUACGAGACGAGCACCGGCUAAUCUCAUGAGAGAAGAGGUGUUUAGGGCAUACAAGGAGCGUUUGGAAAGGACAGCAGAUACAUAG